AGAGCCCAUUUCAUUGUGGAUUGAUCUGACCACAGUCAGCUAUGCCACGGCCUGCGGUAUAUUGGGGACCUCGUCACAGCUCAAACAUUUGGCCAGCAUAACCUACUCGCCAACGAAUUGUUUGGCAAGCCUUUCAUGUCUUCGCUACCAGACAUAUUCAGGGCUAUCUGGGAGUCUCAGAAUGUAUUCCACGCUUAUCCAUCACUUACAUGCGAAGUCGAGGGGCAAACUAUCGAUUGGCAAGAUACAGGGUAUGUCGGAUCCGAUCCGGGCCCAGUUCAUGCAUGGCAUACGAUGAUGACGGCAACAAUCUCGAAUGGAGGCGUAUCUCCGCAAGUUGGCCAUCAUUCUAUGUGUGAGCUCCGUCGACAGGGUUAUGUGUUCUGGGAUCAGGUUCGUAUCGAGGAAUGGGGCCUCAGCAGCAACACCAUCGAUAUCCCUCUUUAUUUUCCCAAUUGGCAGCAGGAGCUACACCUUAGAACGGCUAGCGCCUUGUACAGUCGGCCACACUUGUAUUAUAAUGCAGGCGUGGGUAGCUGGUGGUACCCAAGAGAAAUAGCCCCCCUUCCUGUCGUCCGAUUGCCUCCGAGACAGUAGAGGAGCAUUCUUUGGUGGCUGAAGAUGAGUCACAGACAUACUUUGCUAUAGCGGAAGGCUACAACAU